AUGUUAUUAUAAAUUUUAUUAUUGUGCUUAAUUAAUUGUUAAUAUGAACCCGUUUUGAUAGCUAGAUUUGGAAGGAGUAAAAAUAAAUUAGAAAAUCCUGCUCCUUAAUUUGAAUGUGUUGAUGAAAUAGAUGAAGAUGAUUAAUAACCCAAAGAGUAUACAAUAAAAGUUGGAACACUCUAUUAAUUUACAGAUGGAAAUUGGUAUUUGAAAUCAACUGAUCCUGCUAGUGGAUAAAUGUACCUCAUGAAUUUAAAUGAUAUUACUCGAGUCAAAUAUGUACCUAAAGAAGAUGUUGAAGAAAAGAAAAAGACUGAAGAUAGGCCUGAAUAAAUAUUGAAAGAAUUUGAAUGGACUCCAUUGAUAGCUUAUGAGAGUUUUCCAAGAAAUAGAGGAGGACAUUCCAUGCAUGCUAUAGGAGAUAUUAUAGUUGUAUUUGGAGGAUGUUUCUUGGACAUAAAAUGUUUUGAUGAUCUUUUUCUAUUCGAUGCAAGAACUCGUGUAUGGACUUCUCCUAGAGUAUUUGGUAUUCCUCCAGUAGGUAGAACUGGAUUUGGAGCAUUAGUAAAUGGAGCAAAACUUUAUAUAUUUGGAGGAUAUACUUUACAAGGGUUAACAAAUGAUUUAUUUGUAUUUGAUCUUGAGAGUAAAAGUUGGAAUCAAUUAUUUUGGCCAGGAAUAGCCCCAACACCAAGAGCAGGACACAAAAUGGUAUUGACAGCCAUAGGUGGAAUAGUAUUUGGAGGAUUUAUGGGUGAAAAAUACUCUAAUGAUGUAUAUAUUCUUGACAUUAUAAAUGAAAAAUGGUUAAAACCUGUUGUAAGUGGAGAUAUUCCAAUAGGGAGAGAGAGUUUCUCAAUGAUUUCUCAUCAUGGUGUUGCAUAUGUAUUUGGAGGAUAUGCUACUGGAGUAGUUCUUAAUGAUGUAUAUACUAUUAAUGAGGAUUUAACUUGGGAAAAGAAGGAACCAGCUGGAAAGAUGCCAUCUCCAAGAUAAGGAGCAGCAUUGGCUGAAUAUGAUCAUAGAAUAUUUAUUGCAGGAGGAUGUAAUCCAAAGACUUUUGAAUGUUAUAAUGAUUUAUAUGCAUUUGAUACUACUACUAAUCAUUAUAGUACUGUAAAUGCUUUUAAGAAAAAGAAUUUGAAGGCUGUAGAAUUUGCAGGGAUGGUAUUUGCUGGAUAAUUAUUAAUUCAUUUUGGUGGAUGUAAAUUAGAUUAAACUUGUAGUGAUUCAUUAACAGCAGUUUUACUUAAUUCAAAUGAAUAAUGUCCUCCAUGUAGAAAUGGAGGAGUUUGUAGAGUUGGUCAUUGUAGUUGUUAAUAAGGUUGGUAGGGAAUAGAUUGUACAUUAAAAGUACUUUGUAGAUAGAAUUGUUUAGGAUAAGGUACUUGUUUAAGUAAUGGAUAUUGCAGAUGUUAUCCAGGAUUCACAGGAUCUAUUUGUUAAUUACAAAUACCAUGUCCUAGUAAUUGUACUGAUGCUGAACAUGGUGAAUGUUAGUUGGAUGGAAAAUGUAAAUGUAAAGAAGGUUUUAGUGGUUCAACAUGUGGAGAAGAUCCUAAAGAGGAAGAAAAGAAAGAAGAAGAAAUAUGUAAAAAUAAAUGUAAUCGUCAUGGGAAAUGUAAUUAUUAUACAGGUUUAUGUGAAUGUGAUUAUGGAUUUAGUGGUCCUGAUUGUUCAGUAGUAUCUUAAUCUGAUGAUUAUAAAUCUAUUUGGUAAUUACUUAAAGAUGAUGAUAAUGAACCUGAAACUGGAACAACUAAUGUAAAUAUGUAAGAUUUUAUAUCUACUGGAUAUAAAUUUAAAAAAUAAUCGAAUUAUUAUAUAUCAUAAGAAAAUGAAGGAGAAGAAGAUCUUUAUGAUGAAAAUUUUGAUGAAAACAAUAUUAUUAAGAAAAAAAGAUAAUCUUAAACAAAAAGUCUUGAAAGUAAUGAUCAAAAUAUUACUAAUUAUUAAUUAACUAUGGUACCACCAAAAGCUUAAUAAGAAGAAGAUCCUUAUUAAUUAAUGUUGUUGAAUGAAUGUCCAAAAAGAUGUUCUGAACAUGGUGUUUGUAUUGAACAUGAAUGUUAUUGUUGGUUUGGAUAUUCUGGAGAUUAUUGUUAAGCAUCUAAAAUAGCUGAUUUUUAUUUGGGAUGGAGAAAGAAAAAAGUAAUGAUGGCUUGUUUAAUAAGUUUAUUUGUAGGUAUGAUGAUUGGAUAUUGUGUUGUAUUAUUAUUGAGAAAGAGAGGAAAUGAUGAUGAAUUUAGAAAUAUGUCUUAAGUUCCUAGUUAAAUAGAAGAUAAUGAAGGAGAAGUAGAAGAAUUAAUUGUUUGA